UCAGCAACUUUUAGCGGGACUGCGGCAGACAUUCUGACACCGGGGGGGGGGGGGGGGGGAUUAACUUGGUGUCACUGACAUCCCCAGUGACACCAAUACAGUGAUCAGUGCUAAACAAAGCACUGACACUGUACUAAUGGCACUGGGCAGGAAGGGGUUAACAUGUGGGGUGAUCAAAGGGUAACUGUGUGCUCUUUUACAACAUGGGCUGUGUGUGUGUUUCACUGUAAGCAUGCUGCUUUGUAUGGCUCUGCUAUGCAGAGCCAUACAAAGCAGUGUGCAGGAGCUGACAGGGGAGAGGAGAAAGAUUGUUUGUAAACAAAACAAUCUUCUUCCCCGUUGGAGAUGCUCUGUAAUCUCCCAGGCGCACUGGCGGGUAAUUAU